AUGGCGAAUUCAACAGAUUCAUUAAUUGUAUACAUGUCAGCUAUACGUGAUGGAAGACAUAAAGAUGCUGUAAAAAUCGUCACCAACAUCAUUAACAAAACGAUCAAGAAAGAAGAUUUAAUCGAAUGUUUUCGGCUUCGUAUUGAUGCUGCAAAUGAAGAUGGAGAUUAUGAUCUAGUCGCUCGUGAUUGUCAAGAAUUGAUACAAUUAGGUUUUAAUUUCGAUGAAGAUACACACUUAUCUUUAAUAAAACUAGAUGGUGCUACGAUAUCAAGACAGUCUUCGUUCAAAAGAAAAAAAUAA